CGCCUGUCGCCGACUACUCGUCUCAACCUUCCGUUCCAUCUCUUCCGCAGUUCGACGCCUAGUUUAGCAUACGCUAGCGACUUGAGCCGCGUGCUGCAUGUUGCUAAAUUGCAACACCAUGCAUGGAGCCGUUCAUUUGCCGUCUCUGUCCUCUCACCGCUCGUGCUUGAAAGAUCCUACCGCUCAGCGUGCUCUAUCGCAACGGCUCAUGGCGCCACUGCAGCGCAAUGCUGGCAAUGCCUGCUGCCGGAUUCCUUGCAAUCAAGAAAAUGGGUGCGUGUUCCACACAUUUGCGUUCGCCUAUGGCUUGUCUCCAGUAGUCUGUCUUUUUUCUCCUCUAGGCACUCAGUAGGCUGUUUCAAAAGCGACAAUCUCUCCCCACAUGUCGCGUGUGUAGUAAAUGUGUAA